CGGGGGCGUGGCUUCUACAGGGCGGAGUCAGGCCUUGGCAAGAUGGCGCCGUCCUCCUUGCUGCGCCCCGUGUCCAGGCUGCUGGUCCCCGGCCGGCUCCCGAGCGCCUUGUCAGCGCGGUCAAAGUUCUACGUGCGGGAGCCAUUACACGACAAGCCCGACUGGCUCAAAGUGGGGCUGACCUUGGGCACCUCCGUGGUCCUGUGGGGCAUGCUCAUCAAACAACAUAAUGAAGAUGUUUCAGAGUAUAAGAGAAGAAAUGGAUUGGAAUAAAUUUUUGGAAUACCAAGAUAGUGUACUCAGCAAUUCCUCUGGAUCCACACAUUUGGUUGGUUGUAAAUAUGAAAGCAAAGGUUACAUGUGACUAUGUUAAGUCAGCAUUUGUGUGCAUCAUCAAAUAAAAUAAUAAAAAUUAUAUCUGUGGUGACCA